AUGAGGUUUAAAGGUGCUGGGCAUAUGGUCAUAGUGGCCUUGCGCAUUCUACCGUUUGCCAGCCAUGUCUACGCGCUUGACCUGGAUGUUAACAGUCAGGAAUCAAUCAAAAAUGCCGGCAGCACCGCUACCUACAACAUGAUGACAUGGUAUAAAGAAAAUGGGACAGACAACCCGGGUUUUAUCUCUAGAUCCUGGUGGACAGGCGCUGCUCUGUUUCUGGCAUGUCUCAAUUACUGGCAUGCUACGAACGACACAACCUAUAACGAGGAAGUCAGCAUCGGGAUGCAACAUCAGGGAGGUGCGGGCGGAGACUACAUGCCUUCAUGGGCAGUAGGCAUAGGAAAUGACGAUCAAAUGUUCUGGGGCCUCGCGGCGAUCACAGCAGCAGAAUAUAAGUUCCCGAAUCGUCCAAGUGGUGACACCUGGCUCACCCUUGCGCAAGGUGUUUUCAAUGACCAGAAAGAUCCAAAUGGAAAAGGGUGGGAUACGACUAUUUGCGGAGGUGGCCUUCGCUGGCAGAAGGAAUUGUGGCAAAGUGGUUAUACCAUGAAGAACGCUGUGUCGAACGGUGGAUUCUUUAUGCUCGCAGCACGUCUCGCUUGGUUUACCCAAGAAAAGGGGUACGCUACGUGGGCUGAGAAAGUAUGGGACUGGUCUACCUCUGUGAAUUUGGUCAAUGAUACAACCUGGGCAGUGGCAGAUAGUGUCAGAAAAGGCACUGGGGGCCCCGAUGGUUGCAGCCUUCCUGACAACACCCGGUGGACUUAUAACUAUGGUACCUAUGUAUCUGGUGCUGCUUAUAUGUAUGCCUAUACAAAUGAUACUAAAUGGCUUGAUAUCACAAACAGCCUAGUGGAUUCGAUCUUUACUACAUUUUGCCUACCAGAACACGGUGGUGUGAUAACCGACUGGACGUGCGAAGCUGUGGGUCAAUGCUAUAAAGACGCGAAUGGCCCACUUUUCAAAGGCCUUACGGUGUCGUGGCUUGCAGAUAUUGCAUUGAUGAUCCCUUCUCUUAAAGACAAGAUCCUAGCAAAACUCCAAAUUUCUGCCGAGGGUGCUGCAAAGUCAUGCACCGGCGGCAACCAAAACCUCUGUGGUAACCGCUGGUACGGCGGAUAUGAUGAACAAAAUUCAAUGGAGAAUGCAAUCAGUGGUAGUCAGAUGAUGAGUGCUGUUAUGCUGAAAUUUCUAGACUCAUCUUCAAAACCAGUCUCGACAGCAACAGGAGGAAACGGCACAAGCGACCCCAGUGCUGGCACUGGGCAAAGGUCCGGGCCGGCACCGUUCGCUCCUAUCACAACGGCAGAUAGAGCAGGAGCUGGAAUCCUGGCAGUGCUGUUCGUGGGUUGUAUGAUAGGUGGAGUGGUCUUUUUGUUUAUGGACCCCUGA